AAUUGUCGCUUUUUUGGGAUUUUUUUCCCUGGUUUUUUUUUGUCCUUGUUGUUGUUUUUUUUUUUACUUUACAUUAAAUACACGGGUAAAUCAGCGACCCGAGGGUGUGGUUACCACGAUUGUUAUUUCACGGCGAGGGAGGAGAUUCCCAAAGCGAGGGGGAAAAAACGGAAAUGAACCGAAAAGAGAAAGAAAAUCUGACGGGAAAAGGGAAAAAAAGGGGAGAAAAGGGGAAAAAAGGGAAAAUAAAGAGAAAAUAAAGGGGGAAAGGAAAAAUAAAGGGAUAAAAAGGAAAAAAAGGGGGGGAAAAGGGAAAAUAAAGGAAAAAAAGGGGAAAAUAAAGGGAAAAAAAGGAAAUAAAAGGGAAAAAAAGGAAAUAAAGGGAGCAGGAGCUGCGGUGUCCCCGUCUGGUCCAGGGCUGGGACAUGGGGACACCACCCUGGGGACAGCGAUGUCACCAAGUCCAGAGGCUCUGGAGCACCGGGAGUGUCCCCAAGGUGUCCCCAAGGUGGCCCCAAGGCAGCCCCGGAAAUGUCCCCGAGGUGGCACCGGGAAUGGCCCCGAGGUGUCCCCGAGGUGGCCUUGGGAGUGGCCCUGGGAGUGUCCCCAAGAUGUCCCCGAGGUGUCCCUGGGAGUGGCACCGAGGUGGCCCUGGGAAUGGCCCUGGGAAUGGCCCUGGGAAUGGCCUUGGGAAUGGCCUUGGGAGUGGCCCUGGGAGUGUCCCCGAGGUGUCCCCAGGGCGGGGACAAGGCCAGGACCCUGCGGGCUCUGUCCCCACCCUGGGGACAGCGAUGUCACCAAGUCCAGAGGCUCCGGAGCACCGGGAAUGUCCCCAGGGUGUCCCCAGGAAUGUCCCCAGGGUGUCCCCAGGGGCUUCAUACAGGACCGGGUCCCUCCGCCCCACAGCCGCCACCCCCCGUGCCUGGGGGACAAUUCUGGGUGUCCCCAACCCGGGGUGUCCCCAAAUGCUGAGGUGCCACCACCUCGGGGUGUCCCCAAAUUCGGGGUGUCCCAAACUCAGGGUGUCCCAAAUCUGGGGUGUCCCCACCUCGGGGUGUCCCCAAGUUGAGGUGCCACCACCUCAGGGUGUCCCCACCUCGGGGUGUCCCCACCUCGGGGUGUCCCCAACUCGGGUGUCCCCACUGGGCUGGCAGCACCCCGGCUGUCCCCUGGACAGGGUGGGGACACCGAGGCCCCAGCGGGGACAAGGACAAGGGCAGGGGUGGCACUGUCACCGCUGUCCCCUCAGUGCCACCCCGGGGACGCUGGAGCAUAAAGUGCAAAGAGGGGGGCCUGGGGGGGACAGGGACAAACUGGGGACACUGUGGGGGGGACGGGGGGGUGGCCAUGGCUGGGACACCGGGGGACAUCAUGGCCACCUUUGGGAUCACCUGGGGACAUCGGGGCCACCAUGGCUGGGACACCUGGGGGACAUUGGGGACACCUUUGGGACCACCUGGGGUGACAUCCCAGGGGUGGUGACCAUGGCUGGGAUCACCUGGGGACACUGGGGACACCACUGGGAUCCCUGAAGGGACAUCGAGGUCAGCACUGGGAGCACCCAGGG